UUCCAGACAGUCAACAAGCAGCAAAACGGAAUACAAACAUGACGAGCAUCUGCAGCAACUAUUCGCACUUUCAGCUGACCAACGGCAACAUCAUGUUGCUGCAUCAGCAGCAGCAACAAUUGCAGCAACAACUGCAGCAGCAACAGCAACAACAAUUGCAACACCAGCAGCAGCAACAACAACAGCUGAUUGCGCCCAAGCUGCCGCUGGGCAACAGCCAACUGCAGAACAUGCAACAGUCGACAAUUGGGCCCAUGCUGGCCAAAAAGAAAUACAACUAUUCGAAUCUGCCGUACGGCGGCGCCGAACAGCUGCCCUCGGUGGCUCGUCGCAAUGCCCGGGAACGGAAUCGUGUCAAGCAGGUGAACAAUGGCUUUGUCAAUCUGCGCCAGCAUUUGCCGCAAACUGUCAUCAAUACGCUAUCGAACGGCGGACGCGGCGCCAGCAAAAAGCUCUCCAAGGUGGACACGUUGCGCAUCGCUGUUGAGUAUAUACGCGGUCUGCAGGAUAUGCUGGACGAUGGGCAGCCAAGGUGCCAGCAGCUGUUCGGCGGCCUGGCGGACGAGAGCAGCAACGAUGGCAGCCAUGACUAUAACGACUAUAACGAUAGCCUGGACAGCAGCGGCGGCGCCCUGGGCACUGGACAAAAAUAUGCCGGACAUUCGUAUCACUCCAGCUCGCCCACGCACUCGUACAGCGACGAUGCCUCCGAUCUGUCGGCCAGCUGUGUCAAGCAGGAGCUCACCGAACAGGAGUCCGAGCAGCAGCAGCAGCAACAACAACAGCAACAGCAGCAGCAACAUUUCAAAUUCGAGUCCUUCGAUAGCUUCAGCGACGAGCAGCCCGAUGAUGAGGAGCUGCUCGACUAUAUCUCCUCGUGGCAGGAACAGUGAGCGAGAUGCGUGCAAAAACAAAGCCUGUACAAACUGUAUAUAACCAGCAAAAAACAAAACAAAACAAAACAAAAACAACAACAACAAAAAACUGUUGCCUUAGUGAAAACAAAAAACACAAAAACAAACCAAGUCCCAGAUUCUAGAAGUUUCCUAGUUUUAACAACAACUUUUUUUUUUUCAUAGUUUAAGCAUGGAAGACAAUGAUAUAAAACCACAAUUUUUUUUCAUAGUUUUAAGUUUUUGUUAUAAGCAUG